GACAAGGUUGCGCUUCUUGUUUUCGAUACUCGUAGUUGCGAUCUGCAACGGAAUUCGGACCUUUGUGAUUCUCUCUAGGCGUCUUCUUGACUCGUCAAAGUACUAGCUCUUGUCGCCACCUCGGAGACAAAAUACAGAUCAACUCCAGUAUGUAAUUUCUGUGGCCGUUCUUUUGGUUCCCGCUUCCGCACGAGCGCAGCUAUGCUGAAAGAAGCGCGGUGGGCCGACGUGGUCGACGUGGCUGAGGAGGGCGACCGAAGUGAUGAAACUCUGCAGAAAGCGGCAUCUACACAAAUAGACAAGAUUGAUGUGGUAAUCCAGACGGUGAGCAGCACCGGCGUUGAUCUGCAGAAUACUGUUUGCAGCACCUCUGCCGGAUCCUCCAACCCGACGGCUUCGUCGACACAAGAAGCGGUCGUGCCACCGCCUCCGCCUCCGAUACCUCCCCCGGGCCCUGCGACGGAGCACGACACAGGAAGCAGCGUAGGUCCGCACACGGAGGAGCAAGAGCGGUACCGCUGCGUCCCUUCUUCGUCGAGUACGGGGGGUGCCUCUGCCUGGGAGAAGAGGGACGAUGCAAAUACCAAAGCCAACACGACCACAUCAUUAAAUCGCAAUAAAUCGACCGCGCGUGCUCAGCAGCUGGAGCAGAAAAACAACCACAAAAAUAAUUGUGACUCGGGCUACAAAAACCAAAGGAAUUUUUAUCAGGAACAGCAAUACGGCGAUUAUUACAAGACAGCUAGCUUCUACUACAACCGCAACUUCUACGGAGGUUCCUGGGGUAAAAAUUACACAGCACCAGCCAAUACCAGUGCUGUCGGUUCUUCAAGUGCUUCGAUAGGAGAGCAAGGUAAACAAAACUUCUCGAGCAAUCACUUUGGGACCACUCCUCCUGGUGAGCACUGCCAGAACCACGGCGGUGGCAGGUCUGCAGGCGCGUUUUUGCACCAGCAUGCUAGUAUGCGAAAAAGUGGAAAUAACAAGCACCAUCCGCCACACGCCCCGCCGCCUCCGCCCCCACCACCAGCGCGAAUGUGCGAAAUCAGUGCGGCGGCACAGGAGCAGGCGGAGGGUUUUAACUUCAUGAUGGAGGACCUUGUACAGGGCGGUGAGAGUUGUAGCAGUUCUCUCACGAUGAAUACCUCUGGCCACGACCAAGGAGAGCGGCAUGAUCAAUCGUACCAGCCGCGGAACAACGGGAAAGUAGCAGUGGAUUAUCACAGCGAAAUCGCGCAGCAGCACGUCAUUCCGCAGGACCGAGAGAUGAUCGACCGCUUGGCGCUGAACCUGGACAUUGACGUGCCGAAUCUGUGGUCCACCUGGUACCACCGGUUAUCUGACACGGAGAAGGUGCAUCUUCUCGAGCGCAGGAUGAGAUUAUUGAAAGAUCAAUCUAGUCUCGUGUCGCAGCAUUUUUUCGCACAACAGCACUCCAGAAAUGAUCGCUCUGGUGCUGGUCCUCGGGCACAAUACGCGGCGACAACAAUACCAAGCGGGGAGCGGCCGCACUUUCCGCAAAUCGACUACAGUUCCUCUUACGGCAUGCUGACGGAUUCCGACUGCGGCUGGAGCGAUUGCACGACGAUGUCGAUGCAGCACGCGGACCGACGGUUGUCGACCACAUCCUCCGCAAAUUUCGUUUUGAAUCCGCAUAACCUCGCCGGUGUUGUGUGGCUGGACGGAGCGGCGUUUUUUCCCGAGCAUCCGCUGAGCAUUCUGCUGAACCAGUUCUGCCAGGGGUGCGGAUUGCGCUUGAAGAAGUUCCGGACGGUACAAAACCUGUUAAGGUGGAUGAACAAACAGAAGAGCUGCCACAGUGCGGGAAGUUCUUCUAGCGGCAGGCAGGCCCUGGUGGAACAACAGCAGGAAAAUAAAGGCGCUCAACGAGGGGGCAAUCGCAGAAACAGCAAGACCACUCGGAACAACAGUUCUAUGCAAGAACCGCAAUUGCCGCACGGCCGUUCAUCGCACAACAAAGGGACGAAAAGUAACAACCUCGGAAAAAAGGGACACCAAAACUCCUGGCUAGUAUCUUCAGGCGGGAAGGGAGGUGCAACAAGUGCGACAUCUUCGAAUGAAGCCGCUUUGUCGAGAGGCGGAAAUAACAAGCAGCAGCCCGCUCACGUACAGCAAUCGUACUUGGCGUGCGUGCACGAAAGCAUGUGUGCCCCGGUGUCCGAUUACAUCCGGACCGCUAGUCUUGACGGUGGCCAUCUCACGUUGUGCUCGCUGGUCGUUUACAAAAAGGUACAGCUCUAGAAGUUGAUAUUGAUACAACAACGCAAGAAAUAGGAAAUUUGUAUUGCGGAGGUUACAUCAAACAUCCUCGUAGCUGGAGGAGGAGGUGGACCCUGACGCAGAUGCAGAUCUGACUGAUGUGCAUGCAAAACCAUACACAGGAAUGGCGGCAACGGCAUUCGAACAACUGUGGUGCAACGGCCGGGACGGUGAGCGACGUAGCGAGCGAGAUAACGCUGUCACGAACGACGAGCAAAGAGGAUGUCGCGGGAACUCUGGGAGGAGCACUGGUGGCAUCGGCAGAUCCAGUGGCAGGCAUGGAUUGGGGGUCGGCCUCCAGGAACUCUAAUAUUGCCGAUAAGUUCAGUCGAAACAAUCCCUGGAACAUCGAAGCGCUCGCCACGGAGAUAAUCGAAGGCUGCAGCGCAAAUCCGUCGUCCAACAGCACAAAUCCGUCCAAUAGCACCACCAUUCCAGAAUCUUCUCCGGGUGCGAGCCCGGACGUGCUGCCCUCUUCGCCCGGUGAGGCGCUCACAACGCAAAGCGUGACCAGUGAGCAAGUGUUGACCUGCUCCUCCGUUGGAGGCCCAACGACCGGCGGCGAGGGCCAGCAUCUGAACCCGCCUCUUCCCUCAUCGCAGGAGAAAGGUGCAGCUCUCGCACCCAGUGUCAGCAGCGCAAAAGCCGGAAGAAGAAAAAACAAGAAGAACAACAAGCAAGCAAAUCUCUCCCGCACUUCCUCCGCGCAGCCGUCGGUAGGAGAAGGUGGAUUUUUUGAGUCGGAGGAGCAACCGAUCCUCACAUUGGAAGACUCAUUCGUCGAUGCGAUGCGCGAACUGCUUCUUGUGAAGGGAAAUGGUCCUCUCGAAGAACAUAGUAAAACAUCAAAGAAGAAGCAAUUGCGCAGCAGUUCUCCUGACGACGAGGGUCCUGUUGACACAACAAGUUCAUUGCCGACGGUGAAGACGCAGCUUCUGAUGGUGGUCGACCCACUGCCAGUGGCUGAGAUUGAGGCUCGUCUGGAUCAGUGUUUUGUGAGCACGUGCGAUUUCGUUUCGAUGCCGGAAACUGAGGACGCGCAGCCGCAGGAUGACACUCUCAACAACGCUCAGUACGUGGACGUGGAAAUGCGCUUCAAAUUUGGAAGAAGACUGAGGCGCAACACAGUGCGGGUACCUGCGGGCACGAAGCGAAAGUUUUCGCAGUUGGUGUUACACGUGGUCGCUUUCUCGGAUGCGCAACAAUGUACUUGCUUUCUGUCAUGAUUUCGGGGGUACUACAAGAUGAACUCUGCGUGGUUUCUCUCAUCCAUCGUCAAGAACUAUGUAUGUACUUUUUGUGUGCGGUCGACGCGCUACUUACUCGACGACGACGUAGAUCGUUUUCAUUGUACGUGGAAAGUUUUUUCCUUUACGAAGGUAUUUCCUAUCUGGUAGCGAAGCAAAAGCGCACGCCCAGCUGUUCCGCCGGGCCAGCAUCUUCGAAGUCCGCUGAUAAGGCCGCGCAGAUUCGAAGGCCGCAGAAGCGGGUCGCGUGGGAUUGGUUCGACGUUUUUGGGGAAAGAAAGAACCCGCGCAAAGGCGAACAUGACAGCGACAGCGAACUUGUUGCCGUGGCCCAGUGCGCGGAUCGCAACUCGCAGCAGUUCGUCGCGCUCCUGAAUGCCGAUUUCGUGCAGUGUCUCUCCGCCUUCAUGAAGGGUUACUCUAGCAACCGCGGGCCGGUGCACAGGCAGCACGUGUAAGGAGAUUUUUCUGGAGCUGUUGGAGUCUUUGAAGAUACAGCCAUCUUUUAUCUUUGUCUCGCGCGAGCAUCAUUUUGUCACUUGUGCGCCGCAUUUUUAUCCAAAACGAAAACAGGUAUGGGCGGAACGAAUUGUACGAAGCACUGAAGAGGCAGGCGGGCGACUCUGGCGAAGUGGUGGAAAAUGAUUCUUUCGAAAACGUGCUUGAGGAGAUACGGCUGCGCCUGGAGGAUCCCUACAUGGCCCGGAACCGAAUGGAAGUGGAUGGCAUGCUGCUCUCGUGCCGGUAAAAACAGCAGAGUUCUCUACGAUGUUGCUAGGUUUAGCUCCAAACUCUGCUCAUGAAUGAAGUUCGGCAAUAUAGAAGUGACGCUUGUUCUUUUCCUUAUCCAAUUCCAGACUUCAUUUUGUUCCUUUUGCGUAUAAGCUAGUUACUUAUUCGCGAACAAAAAUGCCAGGUCGCGAUCCGGGCUGCUUUCCCCAGCCGUUUCCACGUGCUCCGCGGGCUCGCAUCAAUUUCACUUGACGGAACAGGUGACUGCAGUUGAGCCCCCAGAAGUGGCAACACAACACGUUGCUGGCAACUAUUUUCCGCAGCAUUCCGGCGCCAGCAGUGCGUUUCAGCCACUCCAGACGAAGAAUUUCGCACUUCCGCCGUUUCCAGCGUUGGCCUUGGACACUCGCUCCCAUAGCUACAGUAGGCAGCAACCGCAAUUGCGUACUUUUUGCAAAGAAUUGCAGCUGUACGUAUGCCUCAUUCAUCCACUUCAUAUCGUUCAAGUAAGAAGAGUAACAUGACCGUGGGUUGUAAAUGUAAUGUGACGUCGUGCCAGACGAGCCAGUCGCAGUCCAUACUCGAGUCAAAUUUUUGCUGUCACACAACAGGCCCGCCUACGUGGGAGCCGACAUUUCCAAUGAUGGCCAUGCCCUCAAUGGCCUCCCUCGCAUCUCCCACGCUCCCCCGCGUGCCAGAACCUCCAAAACCGCGGUCGCCGGUACUCCAGACGAGUGUUCUAGCGAGUCACGCAAAGGCCGCAAUCACCGGUAGCACUGUCGCAGCAUCUUCGUCCUCCAGUAGUUGCAAAAUAGCGGGAACGGUACCGGCCCAGGGUGCUAAGCCUCAAGCCGCUCCGCGGGCGCCGAAUAACCUGGGAUUGCCAACGCAAACGCUGGGCGAGCAACUACCGAUCACGACACUUCUAGAGCGUGCCAGUCUGUCGCCGCGAACUUCCGCGGAAGCGAGUUCAACAAAAAUUGCCGGCGCAGCACCAAAGGGACCAGAACCUGUCCCGUGCAGCAAGCUGGUCGUCGGGAAUUGUACGGCGAGCCGUAGCAAAUCGCCACCCGCGAGCCCACCACUCCAGCAAACCACCACGUCGGUGCGGGCGAAGCCUUCGCGGCUGAGCAUAUCGUCACCUUCUACCACAACGACGGGUGCAGCAAUUGGCGGCCCAGCGAGUUGCACGUCUUCGGCAACUGUUUCGGGGGCGAACGCUCUUGCAGCUGCGAACAAAAUAGUGCAGCAGCCAACGCCGACGUUUCAGAAAAUGAUGCCGAGCUUGUCGCUGAACUUCAGUGCGAAGCCGACGGCGGCAGGAUCCUCGACCGCUUUAGCUGCACAAGCAGGAUCCUCUUCUGCGACUGCUUCGUCGGCCGGCCCGGGCCUCAGCAGAAUUUCCAUGCGUUCCCAAACGCUUCCUUGCCCGGGGGCUGAUUCGUUGCCGCAGGAGGGGGCGGGCUCUGCCGGGGGCACGACGGAGCCAACGGCGGGCGUUGCGUCGAAGCUGUUUGCUACUGCCGUCGAACGCGCACCCAGCACUGGCGACGGGGGCAGCAGGCCCGCUAGUAUAAGCGGCGUUGGCCAUUUAUCCACCACUAGUGCAGGAGUAGUCACGACGAGUAAGCUAGGAACUACUUCCAGCACGACAGGUAGUUGCGCAACCAGCAACAUCGCAGGAGCAUUAUCGAGUUGUACGGGUGGAGCAGGAGCUGGACAAUCCGCAACAACUUGCCAUAGCAGCAAGCCCUUCUUCAGUGCCGGCACGCCCGGCGUGUCAACGUCAACAACCGUGUCUUCGUCAACCUCCGCUUCGGGCACUGCGAAUUCGGCGGGUAGCGCUUCGAGCAAUGCUUCCUCGCGAGGAUCGAAGUACCAGCCGGAACGCAUGCAAGAGCUGCUGAAUAGCAUUCACCACAUGCUGCAGCAGCACAUCACGCUCCGGCAGCAACAUGGGAAGCAGUCGGAGGAGCUGCUGCGAACCGUGGAAGAGAGCCUCGCGGCGAACCAGGAGCAUCUCGCUCGUUUACUUUCUUCGGUGCAGCCCACAACCUCCUCCUCUUCCUCCUCGGGUUCGAGGGUAGUCGGCAGCGGUGCCCCGACUUCUGGUGCACCUGCCGACGCAAAGUGGUGCACCACGGGUCAGGCGAAAUUCCGCACCGGCAGCGCGUGGCGGAGGGGGUGGAGUCUGGAGAAGGUCGUGGUCCCACCGGAGGCGGCGGACAGCGAGAGUGCGGACGAGGGCCACCCUUCGCGGGCCCGCAAACGCGCGGCGGAAUCGCGUUCGGUGCCUCCAACGUCGCGUUCGUUCAACCGGGCGCAGAGCAGCGAUGCGUCGACAGACGAGGUGUUUGUCCCAGCUGGUGCAACAAGCGGUGUAAUAUCUAGCACCGCACCUACCACCGAGCCGACCGCGCUGCCGGACCGCGAUAGAAGUGCUGUGCUAACCGGUGCAGCAACGUCAAUGACCUGUAGUACGGCUUCUAGGGGAGCAAGCACCAGCGGGGGGCGGUUGCACUUUUCCGGCUUGCACAUCAAUCCGGGGAAGAUGUUUGUGGAGAAGGCGAUUUUGGAGAAGCGAAUCUCUGGGGCCCCCUUGCUGAUGCAGCAUAAAGGCUCAUCUUCUUCCACUACUGGGCACUUGCGCAGCGGGCUUGCUAGUAAAAGCAAGGCUUUUCGCAGCGUUUUUCGGCCCGGCGUGGUUCUCAACUUGCUAGAACCGAUAGGAGAGGAACAUUAGAUGAGGCACUUUUUUGAUGCCGCCUUAUAAGUAGUCACUUCAGGCGGGUCCCGUAACACCUCUGCAUCCACCGCUAUUUUGCGUUUUACCAUUCUUCUUUUCAUGCAAAUACAACAUGCAGUUGCAUUCGCGAAUAGACAACAUUUCCGUAAUUUUCUCAAACGCCCUCCUUUGGAUUAAGGGCAUUUGCCUUCAAGUCAAAAAUUGAAUGUCUACAAUUUUCACUUUGCAGUCACACCCAGUGUGCAUGCGGUGCGUCUUUAUGAUUUUCUCUUCUGAUUUGGUUUUGGCAAGACACGAAGUAAGUCAGCAAUUAUUCAAUGCAAAGCC